UAAUUAAAUUCGGAAACAGGGGGUUUCUCAGUACGUAGGAAUUUCAGUACUGCGCUAUAUAAGCGGAUCCGAUCUAGUCGCCAGUCAUCGUUAAAACCGAGAAGAAGAGAAGAGGCCGAAGGAAAACAAAUCCUGAAACCAAGCCAUGGGUCUGCAGGAGGAAUUUGAGGAGUACGCUGAAAAGGCAAAGACCUUGCCUGAGAGCACGAGCAAUGAGAACAAGCUGAUCCUCUACGGACUGUACAAGCAAGCCACUGUUGGAAAUGUGAAUACCGACCGUCCUGGCAUAUUCUACCAGAAGGACAGGGCCAAAUGGGAUGCAUGGAAGGCUGUUGAAGGUAAACCGAAGGAAGAGGCAAUGAAUGAUUACAUCACCAAGGUGAAGCAGCUCCAGGAGGAGGCUGCGGCUGCCACUUCUUAAAGUCUCUUAAUAGUUGCCAAACAGCUAUUGUCAGCUGAGCUUUAUGCCAUUUGUUCGUGAGAAAUAGAUCAUUUGAUCCACUGGGGAUCUGUGAACUAUGUACCUGCUUAUGUAACUGGUUACCAAUGUUAUCCAUCUAUCUACAUGUGAAGACUUAAUAUGUCUGUGUAUUAAGGCUGUGUUUGGUUCAGUUUCUAGGAAGUGCGCUUCUGCUGGCCAAACGGGUAGAACACGAAGCUGUUUUUCCAAAAUAGGCUGUUUUCAUGUAGUAUAAUUAUCCCACACCUUGGACCCUGCUUUGCCUUUCAGCUUUCAGUUUUCCAAAUGGGUGAAUAAAAUAAAGAGAUGUUUUCAUUUGCUUCAA